AUGUCGAAGCUGACGCAGCGGCUGGCAGGGAUCCUCGUCGCAGACCUGGGCGACAGCAUCGGCGAGGACACGGCGGUGGUGUCGCGGUGCACGCGGAGCACCUGCUUCCUACGGCUGAACAGCGACUUCCUCACCAUCCUGCACCAGGACGGCGUCGGCGGCCUCCAGCUCGUCAAGGCCGGCCGGUGGGUCGCCGUCAAGCCAAACCCCGGCGCGCUCAUCGUCAACGUGGGCGACCUCCUGCAGGCGUGGAGCAACGACCGCUACCGGAGCGUCGAGCACCGGGUCAUGGCCAGCGCCGCGCGGGAGCGGUUCUCCGUCGCCUUCUUCCUCUGCCCCAGCUACGACACGCUCAUCCGGCCACGCUGCGGCGCCGGCGGACCUCCUCGCUAUGAGAACUUCACCUUCGGGGAGUACCGGAACCAGAUCAGUGAGGACGUCAGGCUCACGGGCCGAAAGCUCGGCCUGCAACGCUUUCGCAAACCAGAGUAG